AUGUUCCUCAAUUUUGCCAAGGCCCAUAUGGUGGUGGCGUGGUUGGGCACACCGACCGACGAAGACGACUUCCUCUUCCAAUACAUGUCGCGGAACUUCAGUGGUUCUCGCGAUGGCAAAAGCAAGGCAACCGAUGAGAAUCUCACGGGUCCCUUCAGAGCGCAAGCUGCCGCAAUGAAACUGAUCACCACCAAGGCCUUCUUCCAACCCUCCUGGACUAGGGUCGAGUACUAUGCCGCCCGAACCGGAUGA